AUGGAGAAAAAUUCGAGCUCGAGUUUUCUUCUAUUUGAUCCUUCAACCUCACUCAUCGAUUUCUUGCGUAACAAGAUUCCUUUCAAGACCGUCAAGCUCGGUUGUGGCGAAGGUGGUUGUGGUGCGUGUGUUGUUCUUCUUUCAAAACAUGACCCAUUGCUCGACAAAUUCGAUGACUUCACAAUCAGCUCGUGUCUCACGCUCCUCUGUAGCAUCGACGGCUGCUCCAUCACUACCUCAGAAGGUCUCGGGAACAGCAGAGUCGGGUUCCACGCAGUCCACGAGCGGAUCGCCGGUUUUCACGCCACACAAUGCGGUUUCUGCACGCUCGGAAUGAGUGUUUCGAUGUUUUCAGCUCUUUUGAAUGCUGAUAAGUCUCUACCUCUUCCUCCCAAAGGUUGCUCAAACCUCACGGCUGCUGAAGCAGAGAAGGCUGUGGCUGGGAAUCUAUGUCGUUGUACCGGAUACAGACCGCUCGUGGACGCUUGUAAGAGCUUUUCGACGGAUGUGGAUAUCGAAGAUCUUGGAUUCAAUUCCUUUUGCAAGAAGGGAGAUAACAGAGAAGAUAUUUUAAGAAAGUUGCCAUGUUAUGAUCAUACAUCAUUUAAUACAUUUCCGGACUUCUUGAAGAACGAAACCAAGAAUCUUGAUUCAAGAAAUUGCAAAGGAGUUGAGUUAGGAGCAGCUGUUACUAUAUCCAAAGCUAUUGAGGUUCUAAGAGAGAAAGAACAUGGCUAUAUGUUGGCGAAAAUCGCGAGUCAUAUGGAGAAAAUUGCAAAUAGAUUUGUGAGGAACACUGGAACGAUAGGCGGUAACAUCAUGAUGGCGCAGAGAAAACAUUUUUCUUCUGAUCUCACAACCAUACUUCUCGCAGCUCGAGCAACGCCUCAAGAUACCGCCUUGGCUCCUGGUGAAGAAGAUACUCGUUUGCUCUUUGAAACUUACAGAGCAUCGCCGCGUCCUUUGGAAAAUGCAUUGCCUUUUAUGAAUGCGGCUUUCUCAGCUGAAGUUUCUUUAAUUGAAGCAUUUGAUGGUAUUCUUGUAAGUGAUUGCCGGUUAGUUUUUGGGGCUUAUGGGACCAAACACGCACACAGGGCGAGGAAAGUCGAAGACUUUCUUACAGGAAAAGUGAUAUCUGAUGAAGUUUUGAUUGAAGCUAUUGGCUUACUUAAAGAUGAGAUAGUACCUGAUAAGGGUACUUCAAAUCCCGAUUAUAGAUCAAGCUUGGCUGUUACUUUUCUCUUCGAGUUCUUCGGAUCUUUAACUCAAACAAACAGUAAAGAGAAUGGUUUUGAUCAGAAUGUUGAAUCUUUGAGUCCUGAAGUUAUGUUGACAUCUGCACAACAGGUUGAAAAUCAAGAACAUAGUCCGGUCGGAAAAGGCAUUGUAAAGGCUGGAGCUUGUCUCCAAGCAUCUGGUGAGGCUGUUUAUGUAGACGACAUUCCUUCUCCGGAAAAUUGUCUAUACAGCGCGUUUAUUUACAGUACAAUGUCGUUGGCGCGGAUCAAGAAUAUAAGUUUCAAGGAAAACAGAGUUCCAGAAGGAGUUCUUGGGAUAAUAACUUACAGAGAUAUUCCCAAAGGAGGGCAAAAUGUUGGUGUCAAAGGUUUAUUUGGCUGUGAUCUUUUGUUUGCAGAAGAAGUCACCCAUUGCGCGGGUCAGACAAUCGCCUUUUUGGUUGCCAAUAGUCAAAAGCAUGCAGAUAUUGCAGCAAAUCUUGUUGUGGUUGAUUAUGACACCGAUAAUUUAGAACUCCCGAUACUGUCCUUAGAAGAAGCUGUCGAAAAGUCUAGCUUUUUCGAUAUCCCUCCGCCUCUACGUGGUAAACCGGUCGGUGAUAUCACCAAGGGAAUGGCUGAAGCUGAACAUAAGAUUCUUGGAUCAAAGAUAAGUUUCGGUUCACAGUACUUCUUCUACAUGGAGACACAAACAGCUCUUGCAGUGCCUGAUGAAGACAAGUGUACGGUAGUUUAUAGCUCGACUCAAGCCCCUGAGUUUGUACAUGGAACCGUAGCUGUAUGUCUUGGUGUUCCUGAGCAUAACGUUCGUGUCAUCACUAGAAGAGUUGGAGGUGGAUUCGGUGGGAAAGGCAUCAAAUCAAUGCCUGUUGCUGCAGCUUGUGCAGUUGCACCAUCGAAAAUGCAGCGACCGGUGAGGACAUAUGUGAACCGAAAAACCGAUAUGAUAACAACCGGAGGAAGACAUCCGAUGAAAGUGACAUAUAGUGUUGGAUUCAAAUCCAAUGGAAAGAUUACUGCUUUAGAUGUAGAGGUGUUGGUUGAUGCAGGGUUAACCUUAGAUAUAAGCCUGUUUAUGCCAUUAGCGAUCCAAGGAGCACUGAUGAAAUAUGACUGGGGUGCUCUCUCUUACAAUGUCAAAGUAUGCAAAACAAACACUGUGAGCGGAAUCACGGUUAGAGCUCCCGGGGAUGUACAAGGAUCAUAUAUAGGAGAAGCCAUCAUUGAGAAAGUAGCUUCAUAUCUUUCAAUAGAUGUGGAUGAGAUUAGGGAGGUUAAUCUCCAUACAUAUGAGAGCUUAAGGUUGUUUCACAAUGCCAAAGCUAGUGAAUCUUCUGAGUACACGUUACCGUUGAUUUGGGACAAGCUCGCUGAGUUUAAGCAGAGGAGGAUGGUGGUUGAGGAGUUUAAUGCAACAAACAAGUGGAGAAAGAGAGGGAUCUCUCGUGUGCCCAUUUAUGGAGUGUUUAUGCGGUCAACACCGGGAAGAGUCAGUGUUUUGAGCGACGGGUCAAUAGUGGUUGAGGUUCAAGGGAUUGAGAUAGGACAAGGACUUUGGACAAAGUGUGGUACUACAAGCGAUGAACUUCUCGAGAAGAUCCGUGUCAUCCAAUCCGACACCUUGAGUAUGGUACAAGGCUCAAUAACUGGUGGUAGCACAACCUCAGAGGUAAGCUGCGAAGCUGUUAGGAUUUGCUGCGAUGGUUUAGUCGAAAGGCUUUUACCUGUCAAAACAUAUUUGGUGGAGCAAACAGGAGGGCCUGUGAGUUGGGAUAACCUCAUCAGUCAGGCUUAUCGGCAAUCGAAAAAUAUGUCGGUUGAAGUAAACAUUUUAACAGGCGAAAGAACGAUUAUGCGCACCGAUAUUAUCUAUGACUGCGGGAAAAGUCUAAAUCCCGCAGUGGAUUUAGGACAGAUUGAAGGAGCAUUUGUUCAAGGACUUGGGUUCUUCAUGCUUGAAGAGUACGUACCUAAUGAACUUAGACGGUCUCGUGGUAACAGACAGUACAUGGACUUACAAGAUCCCAACGGUUGA